UGAUCUAGCGACUGCUUUUAAAGCAUUUCAAUCGAAUUUCCCCGCGGCGUCACGCAUACUUGAUUACUUAGACUGUAUGUACGCGCUUACAAGUCAUAGCUGUAUUAAUAGCUGUAAAUUGAGAAAAAAGGUUGUUUUGAUUUUGUGUUUAUAUAUUUAUUUCUUAUAAAAAAGAAUGGAGCCUUUAACAUCAAGGAACCGAAUUAACAGCCUCAGCAGCGAUAUUGACCACGAGAAGGUGGUCGGCGUGCUGUCACAGCUGGUGUAUGACGAUGCCGCUAUACGCAAGUUUAUAGAGACGUUUGAGGAGCAGAUUCGCUUCGCCAACAGCACGGACGAGAAGCUCCGGAAACAAACGGACCUCUUCUGGGAAAACACAUUCGUCAGGAGGCUCUUCGAUGGAACAGAGAGUGGUACUUACCUAGGAAUUGAUCUAGGUGGCACCAACUUCAGGAUUGUGCGUGUGGACAUGACGAACGGUGAGGCCCGCACAAGCACCAAAUACUACAAUCUGGAGGAGAAACUCCUCACAGCUUCUAGUGCCGAGUUGUUCGACUAUAUCGCCCUGUCUUUGAAACAGUUUCUAGAAAAGGAAACGUUCGAAUGCAAUAAAGUUCCACUGGGGUUCACAUUUUCAUUCCCGUCGACACAAAUGAGUCUGCGGAAAAGCAUUAUCACAACAUGGACAAAGCGGAUCAAGUGUUCUGACGGCCCGGGGCUCGACUCUGUCAUUCUUCUGGAGGAAGCUAUAGAAAGGCUUGGGUCCCUGCCAGUGUCCAUCGAGGUGGUUGGGCGGAUCAGUGACACCACAGGAACUCUCCUUGCAGGGAACCUGCUUGACCACAAGUGUCUGGCUGGGCUUAUUAUAGGAACGGGUUCCAAUGCAGCCUAUGUUGAAUACACAAAGAACAUUGAGAAAUGGGACGCAUGCUAUAAGGAUGAUGAUCCCUCUGAGAUUGUAUGUAUCAACACUGAGUUUGGUUGCCUGGGUGACAAUGGAUGUCUUAACUUCCUGCGCAAUGACUUUGUACGAGAGGUGGACGAACAUUCCGUUCAUCCAGGUUCCUUCACAUUUGAGAGGAACUUCAGUGGCCUAUACCUGGGUGAGCUGGUUCGAGUGGCCUUGAUCCGCCUUGCUAAUGAGGGGCUACUGUUUAAGGGCCAGUCCCUUGAUAAACUCUCCCAGCGAUGGGCCUUUUCUACUAAACAUGUCACUGAUAUAGAAAGAGACACAGAGGAGGAUAACAGUAACACAUUGGCAGCACUAAAUGACUUUGGAAUCAGCAACCCUACCACUGAUGACAUACUGCUGGUCAGGGAGGUGGCAGAGCUGACGUCCACACGGGGUGCCUUUAUCAUUGCUACAGCGAUGGUGGUGUUGUUGAAUCACAUCAACCAGCCGGAGGUAACCAUAGCGGUGGAUGGUUCCCUGUAUGAGCACCAUCCCAACUACCACAACAACAUGAUGGCAAUUCUCUCCAAGUGGAGACCACAGACUAAGACUACACUUAAGCUGGUAAAGGAUGGAAGUGGUCAGGGCGGGGCGCUGGUUGCUGCCAUCGCGCAGAAGUCGAAGGCUACAUGAACAAAACAGUGGGAAGUGCAAUAUCAGGGAAAUAAAUACGGCUCAACACAUCUCAGUUACAUUUUAAUUGUUAUAUGCCAGGGAAAAGAUAUGUGUCAAGGAAGUUGUACUUUUUUGCAAAGAACAGAUUUUACUGUUUUAUCAUAUUAUUGUAAGGGAACAAAUGUCAUGACAAUUGUUUAGAUUUUAGUUUGUGAAGGUGUUCAAGUGUUUGUUGUAUUAGGGGAUUUAAAAUUAAA